GCGGCCGGCAAGGCGAACAAUACCCGAGCAUCCUCUGCAAAUCCGUGGCACUGCCUCCCCUCAUCCUCCCCACACUCUUCCUGAGCGGCAUGUAAACAAUGCGCCCAUAGGCUACAGCGAGCUGCCCAUCGCGGGAAGCGGACACCCAGGGGAUCGCGGGCUGAUUGGGGGAAGAGAGCCGCCGAGUAUGGAUUUCCAGCAACUGGCGGACGUGGCGGACAAAUGGUGCUCCAAUACUCCCUUCGAUCUCAUCGCCACCGAGGAGACCGAGCGAAGAAUGGAUUUCUACGCCGACCCCGGUGUGUCCUUCUACGUACUGUGCCCGGAGAGCGGCUGUGGUGACCAUUUUCAUGUAUGGAGUGAAAGUGAGGACUGCUUGCCAUUUCUACAGCUAGCCCAGGAUUAUAUUUCCUCAUGUGGCAAGAAGACUCUGCAUGAAAUACUGGAAAAAGUCUUCAAGUCUUUCAGACCUCUGCUUGGCCUUCCUGAUGUGGAUGAUGACACUUUUGAGGAAUAUAAUGCAGAUGUGGAGGAGGAGGAGCCAGAAGCAGAUCACCAACAAAUGGGUGUCAGCCAGCAGUAGAGUCAUUAGUGGGUUCUUAAUGUAGAGAAAUCAAUUCCCAAGCUAACGUAAUAGUUAUUACAUUUUUCAAAAUGCAGAAAACUCUCUCCCAGGGAGCUUUAGCUAAGAACUGAGCUGCCCAUCCAGCCUGUUGACUGAAGAGUUCCUAUGAGAGUUCUCUGGCCUUCCACCAUUCUCAAUUCUAGAAUUUAGCUUUGUUUUGGGCAGUUGUGUUGAGACUGGAAUGCGACUUGAUUUAAUGAAUGUAGCACACUGAAUACUGAGGCUGUGCCUAUAUAUAUUGCAAAUAUAGAACCUGGUUUUGAUGCAAGUAAAUAAUUAGCAGGGUUAUUUCGGUUAUUCAUUUUUAUUUUUAAACUAGAUAAACAGCACUGGGCAUGACUGCUGAGAACAGUGUUACUGAUAAACAUUUCACUUCAAAGUAGAUUAUUGGAACAUGAAUGAAUGGUGGAUGUGUAUUUUUAUGGUGACGUCAGGAUGAACAACGCUAAUGAGCAUCAGAAUACCUAAUUAUAAUUCAAAAUAUCUAUACAGUUUCGCACAUCCUAUGCAGUUAGGCCAGGCACAAAUAUGUACAGUACAUAUGUGUACUCUUAGUAACUCACAUCAGUAGCCCAAUAACCCCUUAUGCACUGGAUAUUCUACACCAUGCUUUGUUUAACACAAAGCAAUUGAUAUUCACUGUUUAACAAAGGCAAAUAACAUGUUCCCCUAGACCAGCCCAUUUUCAAGCCUUCUAAUAAAAUGCUAUUAAGUCCUCCUAUUAGAGUUCCUAAAGCUAUUUCCAGAUAGUAUGAGUAAUCCCCUGGAGACUACAUGAAACUAAAGGGAAAUAUUUUUAAAUUCUAGUCUGGUCUCCGUCCUCAAAUAUUUAAAGCAUGCAUCAGAAAUCAUUGUAAAGCUUCAGAGCAGAAAUGGUAUUAGGCGAUAGCAGGGUAUAGGGCAGCAUGGAAGGUAGGCAGGGAAAUAAAGUAUGUUCUCAGAUGAGUCACUGUGGUUAAAACUGGAGAUCAACAGAUUGGAUAAUGGCUCCAUCUCUAAAGCACUAUGUUGUGUCACAUGGUUAAUAAUGAAAUAUGUUUUCAGCCAGCCGCAGUGUUGCAGGGCUUCUACAUCAUAUAAUCUGCUUAUUUUGUGGUCUUCAACAUGCAGUUCAAUAAAUGUAUUCAGUAUUAGUGGU